AUGAACAAGCUGUACAUCGGGAACCUAAACGAGAACGUGACUCCGGCCGACUUGGAGAAAGUCUUCAACGACCACCAGAUCUCCUUCAGCGGGCAGUUCCUGGUCAAGGCCGGCUAUGCCUUUGUGGACUGCCCCGACGAGCAGUGGGCCAUGAAAGCCAUCGAAACUUUUUCGGGGAAAGUGGAGCUUCAUGGAAAACAGCUAGAGAUCGAGCAUUCAGUGCCUAAAAAGCAAAGGAGCCGGAAAAUUCAAAUCCGAAACAUCCCACCCCAGCUGCGAUGGGAGGUUCUGGAUGGUUUGCUAGCCCAAUACGGCACCGUAGAAAACUGCGAGCAAGUGAACACAGACAGCGAGACUGCCGUUGUCAACGUCACCUACGCCAACCGGGAACAGACCAGGCAAGCUGAUGAAGUGCCUCUGAAAAUCUUGGCCCAUAACAACUUUGUGGGGCGCCUGAUCGGCAAAGAAGGGCGAAACUUGAAGAAAGUGGAGCAGGACACGGAGACAAAGAUCACCAUCUCAUCCUUGCAGGACCUGACUCUAUACAACCCUGAAAGGACCAUCACGGUGAAGGGUUCCAUCGAGAACUGCUGCAAAGCAGAGCAGGAGAUCAUGAAGAAAGUGAGGGAAGCCUAUGAGAAUGACGUGGCUGCCAUGAGCUUGCAAUCUCACCUCAUCCCUGGCCUUAACCUGGCUGCGGUUGGCCUCUUCCCUGCCUCCUCCAACGCAGUACCUCCUCCACCGAGCAGCGUCUCUGGGGCCGCGCCGUACAGCUCCUUCAUGCUGGUGACGCUGUGCCUGCAGCCUCCGGAGCAGGAGACGGUGCACGUCUUCAUCCCCGCGCAGGCGGUGGGUGCCAUCAUCGGCAAGAAGGGCCAGCACAUCAAGCAGCUCUCCCGGUUCGCAAGUGCCUCCAUCAAGAUUGCCCCUCCAGAGACGCCGGACUCCAAAGUGCGCAUGGUCGUCAUCACGGGCCCUCCAGAAGCUCAGUUCAAGGCGCAAGGCAGGAUUUACGGGAAGCUGAAGGAGGAGAACUUCUUUGGACCGAAGGAAGAAGUGAAGCUGGAGACGCACAUCCGGGUCCCCGCCUCGGCCGCGGGCAGGGUCAUCGGCAAAGGGGGCAAAACUGUCAACGAGCUGCAGAACCUGACGGCGGCGGAGGUGGUGGUGCCGCGGGACCAGACCCCCGACGAGAACGAGCAGGUCAUCGUGAAGAUCAUCGGGCACUUCUACGCCAGCCAGAUGGCUCAGCGCAAGAUCCGGGACAUCCUGGCCCAGGUGAAGCAGCAGCACCAGAAGGGACAGAGCGGCCAGACGCAAGCACGGAGGAAAUAA